UCAACAGGCAGUCGGCCAUUGGGCUCUGUGCAUGUGCGGCUGGCGGUGCGUACAUUGGCGUACAGCGGAGCUACCGCCUCAACUAUGUGACGACGCGACGCAUGUUUGCAGAGACCGUACCGAAUCCACCUUCAAAGCCGAAGAGUUACAACAACAAGAAUAGCACGAAAGUCAACAUACCAGUUAUCAUGGUGGAUUUUGGAAACAGUGAUAAGUCAUCAAGAAGUCGUUGGGUGUGCCCCAGUGACCGUCAGCUAGCACUUAGAGCAAAAUUGAAAACUGGUUGGUCCGUCAAGUCGAACAUGCCUGCAACCUACGUAAAGCAAGUUCCUAGUAUCUCGGAGCAGGAGAGAGAGGUGAUCAAAUCGGUCAUAAAGAGGGCGGAAACUAUCGAUAGAUACGAUCAGCAGCGAGUCGGGAGACUUGCUGAAAAACUUGAAAACAUUAAGAGAUGUGCUAUUGGAAAUGGAAAAAGUGAAUGUCUUCUUUGCGCAGAAAGAAUUGGCUUUUUCUAUUCUAAAGGCUGGACUUGUAAUGAUUGCAACAAGGCUGUGUGUUACAAAUGUGGUAUUGAGACCACAUCACCUCGGAAAAAAACAAUAGCACUCUGCAAGAUCUGUUCAGAAACAAGAGAAAUGUGGAAGAAAUCGGGUGCCUGGUUCUUCAAAAGCUGACGAAACACUGGAAAAUCAUCGUGGUCUUCAAACCUAUAACAUCACCAUACCAGAUCUGCCUUUCCUCAAAGAAAACGCUUGAAAACUUUGCCUAAGGUCAAGACUGUCAGAAGAGCCUAGACUUGUUUUACCAAACAAUAUUUUGUGCUAAAGAAUAGCUCUAUUUAUUUUAUUUUCUUUAUGAUGAAUGUAUAUUGUAUUUAUGAAUCACCAAAAUUUCAAUGCAAAUAAAAUGGUUUUUUUUUUGUACACAAUUUUAGAGUUCAUAGUUGUGUUUGUACACUUGAGAAGCAGUUAAAUGCAAAAAUAUCUCAGGAAUUCUGUAGUUUUGUUAGUAGUGAAGUUACAAAAUACCAAUAUGAAAUAUUAAAAUUCUUCAUUUUAGAAGAAUUGUACAUUAUUGAUGCAGAAAUUAAAGAAUUUGUACAGACUUAGUGUUACAAUUAAAACAGACACAAAUUUAAAAUUGAACUUUAGUCAGAUUUUUGUUUAUUGUGAUAGCAUUAAGAGUUUUCAUCAUUAGCAUAUUUUACUGACACAGAUAACACACAGUGUGCAUCAUCUGUUAUCAAGUUAAGGGGGUUAGGCCUUGGCAUCUUGGUUUUUCCGAUAUAAAGAAACCACUUGCAGUACAGCUUGUAUUUUAUAUUGGUUCACAAGGCAUAGGGCCUAACUUUGGGCAUUUUCUCAUGUAAAUAUUCCUGGACUAGCAUAACAUUAUGACAGUUGCAGUUUCCCUGUCAAAUAAUUAAUUUUCUCUUGGCCGUUUCCGACUGUAAUGUACGGUAUUCACAAAUAUACAUGGAAAACUUUGUCAUGCCAUAAAUUUUGAUAAAUGAUUCAGAAAAGAAAUUCCACAAAAAACUGGAAAAAUCCAAGAUGGCAGGCCCUCAUAUCUCUUAAGACCACAUGAACAGUCUGCAACUUUUAAGAUGGCCAGGUUUAUAAGGUUUCCUUAAAUGUCAAAAUAAACACAUUUUCUGCCUCUGUUAUAUGA